UGAAGUUGCGUUUAAAAGCCGAGAGAAUGCUGACCCGGCACAGUCUGCCUCAUCAUGGCCAAAGUCAUCUACAUCAACAAGCCCGGCGCAGGCGAUCCCCAGCUCGAACAUUUCCACAUCGACACGGAGGUCUUGCCGCCACUUAAAGAUGGAGAAAUCCUCGUGGAGGCCGAGUACAUCAGCGUGUGCCCUUACGUGAGUGCCUACAUGGUGUUUAUGCCCUCCGGAGCCAAGAUGUUGGGCCUGCAAGUGGCAAAGGUGGUGCAGUCCAAGGACGAGAACUACAAGGUCGGAGAAUACGUUUCUGGGCCGCUGGGCUGGGCCACCCACAGUGUACUGAACCCGUCCACUUUCAAGGACACCAUGCAUGACGCGAAGCUUGAAAGAGUGCGGUACACCGACGUGCCUUUGUCCUAUUCUCUCACUGCUCUCGGCUUGAUCGGAGCCACCGCCUACUUCGGCCUUCUAGACGUCUGCAAACCCAAGGAAGGCGAGACACUGGUGGUGAAUGCGGCGGCCGGUGGAGUGGGCACGAUAGUGGGACAGAUUGCCAAGUUGAAAGGUCUGCGCGUCAUUGGCUUUGCUGGGUCCAACGACAAAGUGAAGUGGCUCACGGAAGAACUCCAAUUUGACUUUGCAUACAAUUACAAGACUUGCAACGUGGUGGAUGCUCUCAAGGAGUCUGCACCCAACGGCGUGGACUGCUACUUCGAUAAUGUUGGGGGGGCCUUCAGCAGCCUUGUUCUCACGCAAAUGAACACUUUCGGCCGCAUCGCAGUCGUCGGAGCUAUUUCGUCUUACGACUCUGACCUCAUGAACCAGCCUCUCGUUCCCGCAGUGCAGACGUCCUUCAUCGCCAAGCAAUUGAAAAUGGAAGGGCUGAUUGUGAGCCGAUAUGAAUCGCGUUUCCCAGAGGCGUACGAGCAGAUAUACGGUUGGAUCAAGGAGGGAAAGCUCAAGUGUUACGAGCACGUGUACGAGGGCUUCGAGAACCUGCCCAAGGCACUGCUGGACGUGCAGAAGGGAGGAAACACUGGCAAGGCUGUGCUGAAGGUCAAAUAGAGGGCUAGGAAAUAGUGGGCAAGGCCAUGCUCAAUGUCAAAAAAGCAGUGCUCAGGGUCACCUACAAGGCAAAGCUCAGGUAGAGGGUGAGACACUGACCUCAUGGUCACAUAUGAGGCGAGGCUAAGCUCAAGGUCAAAUGGAGGGCGAAGCUGUGCUCAAGGUCAAAUGGAGGGCGAAGCUGUGCUCAAGGUCAAAUGGAGGGCAACGGCAUCGCCGCCUUGCUGCAAAUACUGCUUGGCUCCAGGGUCACUUUGAAUGUCGCUGGGCUGAGAUAACCCACGUGACAGAUAGAGACGGGCCUUUAGUCAUAAUGACACUUCAUUCCUUGUCAAAAUUGCGUGAAAGCACUGAAAACUCGAGACUGUUGAGCACUCGAGGAGCAACCGUUGGUGGUUGUCGCAAAAGUUGCUUACAGGCUUACAGGCACAAAGUGAAUUUGUCCCUUCCACUUGGAUGCGCACCUGGCACAAUUAUUUCUAUGGCGCCCGUUCACGAUGAAGGAUAUAUGCUCUGCUUAACAGAACGCGAUAAAACUAGGGGCACUGGUUACUUAACUAAAUGGAUACACUUAGUGCAACCUACGAAACCAUUCCUGUCUUCAUCGUACUUCUUUUGCCGACUGAAAUGGGGCCGCAUCUUUUGAUGGUUUGGUUUGUCGCCAGAGUACGCCAGGACCGAACGCACAAAGUGUGAGUAGGGCGACUCUAAUAGAGUCUAGGAAACAGUUUUAUGGCGCAUCUCCGGAAGGGUGAACUGCUGAGUUCUCUUUCGGAUUGUGCAGCCACAGAUCACACGAUGAAAGCCUUAGCCCACGGCAAAAACGGUGCCUGGUUUUCCCAGGAACACUCUUGAGAUCACCUCCUAGGCUUUCUGGGGAAACCAUAUACCGUUUUUGCCGUGCAGUGCCAUCGUUGCUGGGGAUCAGAGUGUAGUCGACGGAGGUCAUCAUUUCUUUUCCUGAUGUUUGUUAUAUCAACACCUAAAUGGAGAUUUAAAGUAGUUGCUUUGCCAAUGGCUGCAAGCUUAUGAUGUGUGCCGUUGGUUUUCUAUUGACGUGAUAUCUUGAAAUAGUAAGUUAAUACAGCGCAUUGAAGCUUCGUCGUAUGCAUUGAUGAUGCUGUCUUUUCCCACAUUUCAUCCUCCUUCUCAUGUACCCAACAGAUACACUGAAAAUCAAAUAGUGAUACAUCUCGCUCCCUGAGGGGUGAGACAUAACUGUCUCACCACCGAAAAAGGGUGAUACUAAAAUGUUUAACCGAAAAACUGGUCGUACACGCACGUAUCACCGAAAAAAAAGGUCGUACACGAAUGUAUCACCGAAAAAGGGUGAUACUUCCCCAGGAAGACAAGGGCUAAUCUCGCUGACGUCUCACCUUUUUUUCGUUGAUACAUUUGUGUAUGACCUUUUUUUCGGUGAUACAUGCGUGUACGACCAUUUUUUCGGUGAUACAUUCGUGUACGACCUUUUUUUUCGAUGAUACAUUUAGUAUCGCCGAAAAUUGGUGAGAUGUCUCACCCUUUGAAUUGCAGUGUAACACAGGAGAGUGUGAAGAGUACACUGAUGAGAUAAUUGGGCAGCGUAUUGUCCCAAUUUGAACAGUCAAUUCUAGAUCCAUAUAAGCUGACAGAAAGCAUUAUCCGGUAGCUUGUGCCCACAGUCUAAGUGUACGAUAAAGUUAUUUGUUUUUCUUGAAUUUCAUAAAAAUAAACUUGAUAUAUCUCAAUUCUUCAACAAGUUUAUAUCACGUACCGCUUUGUUCAUCAAUUGUACAGAGUUCGUUUUGUCCUGACUCCUAAUCCAAUUCGUAUGCAAGCGAACACAAGGGAUAAUUAUUACUUCGAAUUUUAGUGUCCGGCCGAGAGUUGGGAACUGGUGCUCCAGCAAAAUUCACAAAGCAAAUCGGAAAUUUGGAAAAUCUUUGGCAAUAAAUUUUAAUACAAUGUAUGCGUACU